GUCACGCCAGGCGGCCCGCCGGCCGAGCUCCGCCAGCUGCGUGCAGAUGAUGAGGUCCCGACCGUCGGCGGCGAUCUGGCGGCACACUUGAGCUCCAGCGUGCGGGAGGGGAAAAUGGCAUCCGCCACGCAAACUGGCGCUCUUGCCACGGAUGUUCGAGGCUAUGAAAAAAAAGGAGGUUCUGAAUCUGCAAUAUCAGAUCUCCACGUGCCAUGCCUCACGCCCUCCUCAUCCAGCUGGUCGUGGGACCAGGAAGGCGACCGGAGGCGCCAGCAGAAGUGGCAAGAAGAACAAGAGCGCCUCCUUCAGGCGCAAUGUGAGCGAGAUCAACACAGGCUGGAGGCAGAGUGGCGGAAGGCAAAACGCGACGCCGUUGAGGAGAACAACUUUGGAAUGUGCAAAGAUGCCGAGACCCCUCUAGGAGGGAUUCAUCUCCAUGGGUUGACAAAAAUAACGGAGCAGAGCCAUGAAGAACUUGCACUUGAAUCUCCAAAUCUCACCCUGAAGGAUCAUCUGAACGACCGAGACUGGGCUGAGGGCACCUCUGGCUUUGCACAGCUCUCUCCUGCGCACAGGUUAAAAUCCUUGUCAACUCCAGCGUUGGCCGGUUCAUACAAACAACCAAAAGGUGAUUCAAGGAAAUGGAAAGAAGAGCCGGCGUCCAAGGCCGAGCGAGAGAGGCAGCAAAUCUUGGAGGAGAUGAAAAAGAGAACUCAGCUUCUGACUGACAACAGCUGGAUCCGCCAGCGUAGCAGCAGUUACUACAAGGAGCCCAUCUACAUCGGCAUGCCCCUUAAGAGGUACGAGUCUCUGGACGCCCUCGGUAGUGCUCGCUCAACCUUUACGGCAGGUUCCGACCGACCGCAUUCGGCCGCUGCGGGUUAUUGCGGGCCAAGCGGAAGCGCUUCUGCCCGUUACCUUCACGGAUCGAGGUCAUCCCUGAGAAACGCGGCCACCCAGGACUCUCAUUCUGCCAGGACGGUCAGCGGAAGGAGAACCUGCUGCGUGUGUGAAGGGCACCUGAGUGGUGGGGCGGCCAUGGUUAUUGACGCCCUGAGCCUCUGCUUCCAUUUUGCCUGUUUUCAGUGUGUGGGCUGCCAGCAAUAUCUUGGAAAAACCGACACCGGAGUACAGAUUCGGGUCCGAAACAAGAAGCCAUACUGUGAAACCUGUUUUUUCCAACUAAAAUCAACCACUUCCCCAAGCGUGUGAUGGGAACAAAGAACUCACGCUUGCGGAGUAAGCCACAAAGUGAGGACGAUCGCGGCACUGGAGGAAUACAAGGUCGACGAGGCAAGCUGUCGUUUUGAAAUUGCUCAUUGUUGAAAGUUUAUAUCAACAUGACAAGAGAAAUCUUUUUUUUUUUUUU